AUGUCCGCAACAUCAGUCCGCGAGGGCGGCCCAACCCUCAAAGGCCCCUUCGACUUCCCCUCCUCCCCCCUCUCCAAAGCAUCCCGCCAGCCCCUCCUCCUCGGUCUCUUCCUCAACCUCCAAGACAUCAAGAUCUCAACCCACCCAACCAGCAACACCUGGACCUUCGACUACAACCUCGACCUGGUCCGCAAGGCCGAAGCCCUCGGCUUCGAGCUCGCCUUCAGCCGCACGCAGUGGCUGCCCAAGGGCGGCUACGACGGCGAGGCCUCGCUCGACGCCUUCGUCGCCCUCGGCGCCAUGGCCGCCGUCACGCGCUCCAUCCUGCUCAUCUCCACGAUGCACGUGCUCUACGGCCCGCUGCACCCGCUGCACAUUGCAAAGUACGGCGCCACGCUGGACCACGUCGCCAAGGGCCGCUGGGGCAUCAACGUCGUGACGGGCCACCGCGCGGUCGAGCACGAGAUGUUUGGGCGCCAGCGCAUCGAGCACGACAAGCGCUACCAGAUGGCCGGGGAGCUGUUUGACGUCGUGAACAGUCUGUGGGGCGAGACGGAGAACUUGUCGUACCAGGGCAGGGUGUCGCCGUGGCAGCUGGAGAAUGCGUGGAUCACGCCCAAGACGGAGUUUGGCAGGCCGAUUCUGAUCAACGCCACGGGGUCUCCUGCCGGGAUUGAGUUUGCGGCGCAGUAUUCUGACCUGAUCUUCAUCACGUCGCCUGGGACAGCGAAUAUUGAGAGCGCAUUGGAGACGCUGCCGGCUCAUAUUGCCACGAUAAGGGAGGUUGUCAAGUCUAAAGGACGCGAGGUCAAGAUCAUCAUCAACCCCAUCAUUGUAUCUCGAGAUACGCCCGAAGAGGCAUGGGCGUACGCUAGGAGCAUUGCCGAGGGCACGAAGGUGUCGCCCCUGGUGAAGAAGGCAGGAUUGCGGGUUGACUGA